GAGAGAGAGAGAGAGAGAGAAGGCAUACAGACACGGAGUAGGAUCCCUUAACUACUGGUAUUCUAACUGCUCUACGCUGGAUAACAUACUGGCUAAUCUAUUACUCAAUCCCUGAAGGACUUCUAUCUCUGAUUCACCUUAAAGGAACCGUUUAAAUCUGAAGAUCAUUUUUGUACAGAGAAGUGCUAGAAAGAGUAUCUCAGCUGAGCCCCUGGGGUGGUUUGACUGUAUGGAGGCUGAUUGGCUGUCCGUCCUGGGAGGCUCGUUGUGAGGUGAAAGGUCAUCAUUCCAAGGCCAGAGUUGUCUGCAGCCCCGGAGAAGCUUCACUUUCACAAUAGAGCACAGGUCUCCCAUUUAGGGAGCCCAGACCUACAGGAAGAGAGGGAGAGAAAAUAAACACGGGAGAAAAAGACGCUGUUCAUGAAUUCCCCCAAAUCCUGAAAAACAAACAGUGUGAGUUGGCUGGCAGUCGUGAGGAGAGGAGCCAUGUGGACAAUAAGCAUGGUCCAGCUCUGUUUCCCGGCCUUCACUCUUCUACUGGCCUACGCCUUUGUCCAAGCAGCUGCCACCGAGGACGAUGUCACUCCACGACUCAGCUUCACUUACAAUGCAAAGGAGAGAUCAGCCAAGAGAUUCUCUGUGGAUGGAGUCUUCAAUUACACCUCUCUGCUCCUCAGUAAGGAAGAUAACAUGCUCUAUGUUGGAGCACGAGAGGAGCUGUUCGCCCUCAACCUCUCUGAUAUCAGCAGAGUCAAACUACAACGCAAUCUUACAUGGAGCACCCCAAAAAUGAAGAGGGACGAGUGCAGUUUCAAAGGCAAAGACCUACAGACGGAUUGCUUCAAUUACAUCAAGAUUUUACUGCGUGUCAACAGUACCCAUCUAUACGUGUGUGGAACGUAUGCCUUCAGCCCAAUCUGUGCAUACAUAGUAAGUGUUUAACUUUUUACUCUGCUGCAGCAUACGGCAUUCAAUUCCACAAUGCCUGUGUGUUGUAGAGAGAACCACCAUGCCUGU